AGAACACUGUGCUAUCAAUCAGAAUGGAACUUGUAUUACGAACGUCGGAUGUUAUCAUUCAGUGGUAAUUGGAGGUCAACAUGUGACUGAGACUUUUGGUUGUUUUCAAAAUGAUUCGAUGCAUCUACUCUUGACUUGCAAAAUCAAUCAAAAUCCAAAAAUAAAAAUAAGAUGUUGCACAAAACGGGAUUUCUGUAACAAACAUCUUCCCCUGGAUAGACUCGCUAAAAAUGCAAUUCUGGUACAGGGCGACUCGUUAUCAAAUAUCAGCAAAAGUGGCGUCCAGGUUUUGUAUGCCGACGGUUGGAAGUCUGUUGUAACGGAGGUGGAAUCUUCGCACUUAAAACAAGAUCAAAUGAUAACCUGGAAUAACGCACAAACACUUGCAUCAUAUUUGGGUACUCGCUCAGAUUCAAAACACAAGAUGCUGUUUCAAAUUGGCCCUUUAGGGCUAGCCACAGUUCUCGUUGUUGUGCUUGUUGUAUGCGCUCUUUUGUCAUGGAUAUUAUCCAAAAGAGGAUCUCGUUCAACCGGCAAAACGGCCAAAAUACGUCAUAUAUUUACUCCACCAAAUCUACCUAUCAGAAACAAUCCAUGUGUUUUCGGUUCUCAUCCAACUGAUUUGUUGGCAAGUCAUCGGAUAAAGAAGUUCUAUUCUGGAAACCAUAUGAUUAAAGUUGAACAGUGCUACUCGGCAAACCAUAAAAUCUUCGAUUCAAAAUCGCCAAAAGCAAACCCUGAGGAGCAUUCUGACAUGUUAUCACAUUGUGAAGCGCAACAAGGUGAGAGUAAAAACAAAAAAGUAUUGCGGUCAGUGACAUCAGUGACAGUCAAGCGGGAAAAAGAGCACAAAAUAUCACUCAGCUCUGCGAAAAGGGUACAGAAAUCACCCGGACUAUCAGCCUUUUGUCUCCAGUAUACACACGCAUCAAAACAAUCUAAACAAUUCCAACAACCAUUUUGCGCCAAAAUUUAUGGAACGAUAAGUCCUAGCAACAUCAAUCAUCAGCCACCUUGUCUGGUAUCCGGUAGUAGUGGAAGUGGAAGCGGUGUACCUUUCCUGGUACAAAGAACGAUUGCUCGGCAGAUUGAGUUAAAGGACUGUAUAGGCUGUGGACGUUUCGGAGAAGUAUGGCACGGCUUAUACGAAGGCGAGGAUGUUGCAGUCAAAAUCUUCAGCAGCCGAGACGAGCAAAGUUGGCUUCGAGAAACAACAAUUUUCACACGUUUAAAUCUUCGACAUGAGAAUCUACUCAGUUAUUUGGCGAGUGAUUUAACGUCAAGAAACGGUUGCACACAGUUGUGGAUGAUCACUCAAUAUCAUUCGGCCGGCUCCCUUUACGACUAUCUGCAGAGGAACACCUUUCCAGUCUCGGUUGGACUUUUACUUGCCGCUUCUUCUGCCAAAGGAUUGUGUUACCUGCACUCUGUCAUAGCUGGCGUUCAUGGCAAGCCGGCAAUAGCACACCGUGAUAUAAAAUCCAAGAACAUUCUUGUGCAGGCAAACGGCACAUGCUGCAUCGCGGAUUUGGGUCUAGCGGAAGUCCACCACGGUCACAAUGAAACGUCUUUCUUUGCUUGCCCAAACUACAAAGUUGGCACAAAACGUUACAUGGCUCCAGAGACGCUCAGUAUUCUAUGUGCAGCGUACGCAUCAUUUGAAGAUUAUUCGAUCUCGUCUGGGAUGAGUGAAAACAAGACUUUACUGGACGAUCCCGUGUGCCCACCGAAACUGAGUUUUGAAACGCUCAAGGCAGCAGACGUGUACGCUUUCAGUUUGGUACUUUGGGAAGUGCUUCGACGUUGCACUCUACAGAAUUCAGAUGACGCAGACCCUUACAUGCUCCCGUACGGUGAUUUGGUAGAGUCAGAUCCAACUUUCCAAACAAUGUACCAAAUCGUGUGCGUUGAUGCACUGCGACCGCCAUUCUCAUCAAGAUGGGCGAACGAUAAGCAAAUGGAAAGAUGCAC